AUGUGGAGAGCCAAAUUCAGAGAAAGCGAAAGGGAUGCCGAAGAAUGCCACCUCUUCGUCGAAAACCUCCAAGGAGCAGCACUCGAAUGGUUCUCUCGCCUGAAGCGAAAUUCCAUUGGAAGCUUUCGCCAACUCGCCUCAGAAUUUCUCAAGCAGUACUCUAUGUUCAUAGACCGAGAAACCUCCGAUGUCGAUUUCUGGAGCAUGUCCCAGGGAGAGGACGAACCUCUCCGCGACUUCAUAAAACGAUUUAAGAUCGUCAUUGCCAGAGUCAGCGGAAUAAGCGACAAAGUAGCGGGUAAUUUGAGUGAUAUCACGCUCCAUAAGGCCACAGACUACAUAAUCAUCGAAGAGGAGACAAAAGUCUUGUCGCAAAAACAUAGGCUGACGAAAACAUCGUCAAAGGAUCCUGGGUCGGAUCAGAAGCCUAAAAGGAGAAACCCCCGUAACGACAAACACGUCCAUCACGGGGAGGAAGAGUCCCAGGAGGCGCAUAACUAUGCCAUCGGCUCCGGACCGGAGCAAGGCCGGACUACAGGUAAUACAUGGACCCAAAAUCUGAAUUACGAUGAAAACGCCUUAUGCGACUUUCACCAGGCCCGCUUCCACUCGACUGUAAACUGCAAGGUUCUCGGUGCCAGGCUGGCUGCAAAGAUGCUCGCGGGGGAACUAGCCGAAGUGCCUAGCGUAAAAGACCUCAUCCGCGAUUCAGACCGCCCUCCGAGAAACGAUAAGGCCCCUCAAGCGGAGAACUCUCUCCAUGGGAACCAAUCGGGAGAAAAGCGCGGAAGAAGACAGGACGAGAAAGGCAACGAUAAUAGCCACCGCAGGGUCAAGAUGAUCAUCAGAGGAUCACAGUACUGCAGCGAUACCAUCUCUGCCAUCAAAGCUUACGAGCGCAAGGAUGAGACGAGCAUGAAUUCGCUAACCUGGUCCGCACCUGGUGACUUCCCGAAACGAGUAAUCACUUUCGAUGAAGAAGAGGCCGGCGUGAUGCGCCUCAGAUCAUAG